AUGAUGUCGUCGGCGGACUGGGGCGGCUUGCCGCUGCUUCCUCUCAGGUGCGUGUUGGAGCACCUGAGCACGGAGGACGCAUUGGCCGCCACUUCGGUCUGCCGCCACUGGCGGUCGGCCCUCCUCCUGUACGAGGGACACAAGGAGACGCUGAAGCUUCGGGUGACUGAGCUGGACAGGAGUAUGUUCCUGACGCGCAUCUUCAGGAAGUACACGCGCCGUCUGCACGUGCACAUCAACUGCAGCGAUCUGCAGCUGGAGCUCGAGGAGUUCCUCAACUACAUACUGCCGCAAUUCUUCGAUACGCAGGAGCUCAACGAAGUGGUGUUCAUCGGGCCAAACUACUUGAAGCAGACCUAUCUCUCGCCGAUCGUGAAGUUGAAAAGGAAAAUAAUCGAGGGCCUUCUAUACAAGCAUCUGCACUGCAUACAGAAACUCACAUUCAUGGGCUGCGAGAUGAGCACUAUGAAUACCGUUGAGAAAGAGAACUACGUGCACAAACGCUACGAGAGUUACACGAGGCCGUUGUCCUUCAAUAGUGUGACCUCUCCCAUGGACGCCGUGUUAUCCAGGUGCAGUGUUGGUCUCAUGGUGUUCUCCACACUGCAACACAUCACCGUCGACUACUGGAGCAUCAGCACCGAGGCGCUGGAGACGCUCUCGCACCUGACGCUGUUCAAGCACCUGACGCUGAACAUCACCAGGCGGCGGAAGAUGAGCCUGGCGCCCAUCGACUGGGAGCGCCUCGGCGCCUUCUACCCCAACGGGCUGGAGGUCUCCGUCAACAUUAUCGCUAUCCCCAUAAGGAAGUUCGAUGACGUCAUCGACAAGGUCCUAGUUUCCGGACUGAACCUGACCUCGCUGAAGGUCAUGUAUUGUAAAACAUUCCACGACCCGCUGCUGAGGCAUCUGGCGUCGCUCUUCAAGAACACCCUCAAGGAGCUGGUGUGGGUGGACUGCCCCAGCGAGUGUCCGGAGACCAGGCCCAAGGGCGGAGACGAGGAGGAUUACGACGCGUGCAACGUGAACCCUCUGAUACUAAUAUGCUGGCAGUGUGCGCAACUGAGGCGACUUGUUAUACACGGCUACUGGGUGUGGCAGUACGACGUCGUUGGCUUCGUGCGUCUGCGCAAGACCCUGCGCCACCUCGAGAUCUCGUCCGUGCAGGGCACGUUCGGGCGCAGGGUCGCCAGGGCGCAGCCGUCGGCGGCGCACGUGCUGGUCGGCGACGCGCCGCAGCCGCUCGACCACCACUUCGUGCACCAGGUGAACGAGUACACGUCGUACAGGUGGCGGCCGACGGCGUGGCACCGGCUGCACCCGGGCCUGAGGGCGCACGCGACGCCCGACCAGCGCACCGCCUACAUACUGCACGAGGCGCGCCGCCCGCUAGGCGUCACG